AUGAUUGUCAUUGACGACGACUCGCCGCCCUCGGCGGCACCGGACGGGAAGGAGGGAUGCUUCCCGGCCAAGCGCGCGAGCGAGAAACGCGAGGAAGACGAAGAGGAGUGGAUUCAACGCGGAGGCUCGAGAUGCCCCAUUUGCUUCCUGGCCCUUUUCAAAGACGUCGCAGCACUCAUGGGCUGUGGGCACACUUUCCAUCUUCCUUGCAUCGAGAAGUGGUUCAAGCAGCGGGGCGGCCGAGCGCAGAAGCCUUCCUGUCCGUACUGUGCAAAGGAGUAUGCUUCUCGCCGGUACAUUCUCUCGCUUCACUUUGAUCUUCCUGACCCUGCAGCUCGUGUCUCGUCUCUCCCAUCUUCCUCGAGCGCUGAGAACGAAGAUCCAGAGACCAGGAUCCGCAGACUCGAGAUGGAACUGAGGGAGGAGCGCCGAGAGAAGCUGGCCGCGCGAGAGGAAGCGACUUCCCGAGCUGCGGCGGUCGAAGCCCUUGAGGCUCGGGAGGAGGAGCUCGUGCGUCUUCUUCGCUCUGAGGAGGAACAGAAAACGAAACUGGCCUCUCGUGUAGAGACUCUCGAAGAGGCACGCGUCCGUGAAGAAGAGAGCCGCGAGAACGCCUUCCGCACGUACGAGGAGAAUCGACGCGUCCUGGAAGAAAAAUACCAAAAGCUCGCCAAAAAGUGCCAGACUCUUCAGCUUUUAGCGACAGUUGUGAAGGAAGACCGAGCCGACGGAGCGACGCUGCUGGACAAAAUUCGAAAGCUCUCCGGACUGACUGCCGAUGAGAAGCUCGCACGUAUUAUGCCGCUCGUCGAGUUCCUCAAAAGGUCGAAGGCUGCGCGGACCGAGGAGAUGAAAAAACUGAAGAAGGAAAAUUUUCUCCUUCGACGGAAACUCAGCGGAUCUGCGCUUGCCGAGGCGACUCGAGUCGGGCCUCCGAGCGAAAGCAAACGCGAGGAGACGAGCGCGGCUUCCUCCACAAACAUACCAGAGAGAAUCAAAGAAGAACAGCGAGAUAAAAGGGGUCCCUCUCUUCCUUCGUCGUCUUCCUCGGCUUCGUCAUCCUCUUCUUCAGCCUCAUCUACUUCUUCAUCCUUUUCUUCAGCCUCGUCUUCUUCUUCAUCCGUGUCUUCAUCGUCUUCGUGUCCUCUCAUAAAAAGUCGGUCUGACCGGCAGAGAGAAGAGAGGCGAGGCAAAGCAGAUGUUCCGCUCCCAUCAAGCAGGCAGCACACGCGCCUUCCGCCUGCUCCGCCCUUUCCUUCUCUGUCUCGCCGAGAGCGCGCAGCAGGCGGCGACGAGCCCCGGGCGUCUCGGGCGGCGAUCCUCGACGAAAGGGUGCCGAGGGAUGUGGCAAAGUGUCGAGCGAAGCAUCGACCGGGCGACGCCGAAAGAGCCGUGGACGAGCGCAGAGGCGACAGUGACAGCGAGGGUGGGGAGCGCAGAAAUGGCGAGAUCGAAAGACAGGGCGGGAGAGAAGGCUUCGCAGGCAGACAAGCGAACCGCGAGAAUCAGGAUCAGGAGAGACGCGCCGCAGAAGACAGACGCGAGGAGUUCCCUUCGGAUUUUGCUGGGGCGUGGCUAGUCGGUCGCCCUCAACGGGGCGACGAGCGGCUGAGUGUCGAAGAGGAGGAGGAGACAUCUUGGCGGAAACGACGACGAGACGACGACGAGGAUGAUCGAGAGACUGCAUUUCUGUUUUUUAGGAGAAGGCGAGCUGGGGAUGGUAGGACGCACGUUCUUUCGAGAGAUCUCAGACGCGCCGAGGCGAGUCGCGAGGAAGUUAGCGGGCCAUCAUCUCCGCGCGUCUACCAAGUGGAAGACGCGGCGGACGCAGAGGAAGAAGAAGGAUGGCGGCGAAGGAGACAAAGGAGACAGCAAUCGACGGAAGUUGGUGCACACGACGUACAGGGUGGAGGAACACAAGACGAGCACGAGCAAGAUGACGAACAAACGCAGCUGAACAGCGAGGUAGCGUCUCUGCUCGAAGACCCUGACACAACGGAACAGAGGGGAGAACCUGGGGCCUUUCCUUCGCUCCACACACGCCCGUCCCACUGUGAGUCACCCUCUCGUGUAUUGAGCGCGAGCGGUAGAAUCCACCGUGUCGCCCACCUCUCGUCUGCCUCGGCAUCUUCCGGGUCCUCCUCUUCGAGUUCUUCCUCUGCCACUGCGCCUCCGUCUUCGUCUGCUGUUUCCCCUCCCUUUCCUGUUGGGUCGGCUUCCACUGCUUCCGGCACUUUUGUUUCCUCCGCGUCGAUUGCCUCCUCUCAGUCUUUUUGGCCUUCCUGCGCCUCUCCGCCGCUGUCGCGCAACGCACAAACUUCGCCAGCUGCCGCCUCGGUCUCUCCCCAGAUCGCACAUGCAUCGUCCGAGCACGUGCCCGACGGCGCGCGUCUCGCCUCUUGGGGCGACUGCCCUCGGCGCAAAGAGCAGAUCGGAAGAUUGUCAGCGCGCGCGUGGCCAGCGGGGAUUUGCGCGUCGCCUUCCUCUGCAGCACGAAGCAAACAAACUGCGUCCAGUGUUCCUUCCUUCAUUGCUCACUUCCUGAACUCGCCGUCGCCUAGCGCCGAAAAGCAGCGAACCAGAGACCCAGAACUUCGCGACAACGGGGAAGAAAAGGCCUGCGCUUUUCCCGGUGGAAACGCGCAGGGCCCCCCUUCUGUCUCAGCUGUACAGACACCCCAGCGAACGUGCUCCAGGGGCUCCUCGCGUCGGUCCGUCUGGCAGUCAGAGAGUGCAGAGUUGUCGGCUGAAGUCUCUGGAGGAAUCUCCGAAAACAACACCGACGAGGCGCGGGGGCCUUUUCCUGCAGAUGCAACUUCCGCUAGGGCGGUGGUGCAAAUCGGCACUGUGCACUGUGGAGGAUUCCUGGAGACUGCUGCGGUGUCUUCGCCCUCCACCUGGGCCCACCCAAGCGCGGCAGCAGGCUGCGCGCCCACCACAGUUGACGAACGGAGUUUGUGUCGUUCACACUCUACGGUGCCGCGUGCUCCAGACAAUCCUUGUGGCGUCACCACCCCGAACAUACUCAGAGAGUCGAGGCGCUGCGCCUCGCCGUCGGGUGUUCGUACACCUCAAGACACCCCAGAGGCGAAACGGGCGGGUUCCGCAUCACGUGGACGGCCUGCCGAGGAUACCAGCGGGCAGAGAAGAGCGCCACUAACGAGGGGCCCUCGCGUCGUGGAAUGUGUCUUUCGUAGAUGCGAUGCACCAGAGAGACAUGAAGAAGUGGAAGCUGGAGAGGCAGACGAUGUCAGCUGCGAAAGUGACCAAGAGACGGUUCGAGACGGCCCGUCGGACACGACGGAUGGCAGCUCAAAUGAAAACCUGAAAAACGAGGUGAUGCCCUCGACGUCCCGAGAUGAGCGAAGGAAAUGGGGGUCUCUGCAACCGUAUCGCCCUGAGAGCUUGAAUGCGGGAUUCCCUUCGAUGUAUGUACUGCGACGAGUGUCCGGCUGCUUCGAUCUGGCGGGGCCUUUCCCCAGUUCGACCCCAAAAGGUGAUAGGGCCAUCAAUGAAGGGAGCGCCGGGCGGGCGGUCUCGCCGCCGACAUCCCACGAAAGUGAACAGCCCAAGGUCGAGUGGACGGAGCUCCACGGAGCCGGGGGUCGGCGAUCGGAACCGUCACGACCCUCGGGGUGUAUCUGCAGGUUCUCUCGCGAAGCUGCCUAG